UUGAAGCAUUGAAAUUAUUUGACAGUUAUAUGUUUAUAUGUACGAAGCAUAAUAUUGGUUUUAUUAAAGGUACAAUAUGGCCGACAAUAACAAAAUUGUGUCAAAUGAACCUGCUAUAACACAACUUUCUCAUCAUGUACAAGAAAAAUUAUGUCGAACACGACCACCUUAUAGACAAGGGAAAAAGUUGACUGCUGUUAAGAUAUAUACAAUUAAUGAUGAAUCUCAACAUUUGAUGAUUUGUGAUGUACCACAAUUGCAGUUAAGACAAGAAAUAAAAAAGCUUAUCUGUCCUUAUGGAGCUGUAAAAAAAGUUCAUGUAGUUUCUAAUUAUCCUACAGAAGAAUUUACAGAAGCAUAUCAUAUACAUUACCAAGAUAUACGAAGUGCAAGAAUAGCAAAGCACUUCCUUGAUGGCAAGAAUUUUUACGGUGGUAUUCUACAUGUUUUUUAUGCUCCUGAAUUGGAAUCUAUAUCAGAGACAAGAGCAAAGCUUAUGCAACGUUAUAAAGAUGUGUCCGUACGAUUAAAACGUAAUAAACAAGAUUUUACAUAUAAUAGGGAAUUAUCACAAAGACAACAAACAGUAACUUCACUGCCUUUUCCUAUGAAUGAAUUUAAACAAACUAAUUAUCAAGCUAAUUAUCAAGCUAAUUACAAUGAACCUUUUUAUUAUAAUGAUCAGCAAUUAAACUAUGAAUCUAAUGCAGUAACAGAAAGGAGAAAUAUAUAUAAUACUGAAGCAUCAACUUCAACAACUGUACAACCAGUUCAAUCUGAAAUAGUAGAUACUGGAAAUAUAAAUGGUGCAGAAAUAAAAAAUUAUGAUAAACCUAGAAAAAUAAAAAAUUACAAAGGACGAUCUAUUAGAGAUAAUUUCAAGGUUAAAGUAAUUAGGCCAUCAAUUAUAGAUACUAGCACUAUUUUAAAAUCCAAUGUUAAAGAUAAAAAUGUAUCUAAUAACACAGAUAAGACAGACAAAAAUACUAUUGUUAUUAAAAAAGUACCGGAUAAUGAUGGAAUUAAAAAAAGAAUUAUUUUAAAAAAUUCAAGUAUUAAACAGUUAAUAAAGCCGAGUCAAGAUCUUCAAAAUUCAAUACAAACAGUUAAAUUUCAAAUACGAUCGGCUUUACAAAAGCAUAGUGAUAAGAAUCACUUGUCCUAAUUUAAAAAAAAACAAUAAUAUAAUAAAUAAAUAUAUUGUUAAUAAUAAAAAAUGUUUGACAA